AUGGGAAAAGCAGCCUCUUCCUCCUCGGCGCCGUCCUCCUCCUCCUCAUCGCCACAAGGAGGCGGGCGAAGGAGGGGAGAGGAGGAGGAAAAAAGAAAAAAAGAUCACCGUCCUCUAGCAGCAGCUCCUUCCCCCUCCAACACCACCCUGCAGAAAAAAACCCACCGCCAGCGACAGGGCUGGGGGGGUGGCGGCGGGGACAGAGGCAAGGCGUGCGCGGGGUCCCCAGCUCCACUCGCUUCUUCCUCGCCCGUCGCUAAUGGCUGCAGAAAGGGGAGCUGUAAGGAUGAGGAGGUAGCAGGCUGCCCCCCCUCCGGUGCAGGCAGAGGGGCCGAUCCCACAGCAGCGGCAGAAGGAGGAGGAGGAGGAGGAAGAAGCCGGCCCCUCCCCCCCUCAGCCUACCUUCCCCCUUCCCGAACAGCCGAGUACGGUUGGGAGCGCUGGCGCCGGGCAGAGAGGGGGCUGCCCGGUCUCCGCUCCCGCGGACCACGGGCUAUGCGGGGCGCGGAAAGCCAGGGAGAAAAAAUCCGGGCGCGGCGGGGACUCCCUCUUCGCCUCUGCGAGGGUGGGGAAGGAAGCGAAGAGCUUCCCGGGGCUGCUGCUUGUGUCUGGCAGCGAGGGACACCAACAUCAGGCAGCCCCGGACUUUCUGUUUGCAUCCCCUGAUUGCCCCGUGCACAAGACCUGUGAGCCUUGGAGAAGGGAGCAUCAACCCCUGCUAGUGUUACACUAAUAAAAGCCAUCAAAAGAGCAGCAAGAAGGCAGAAUCUGUAAUGGGCCCUCUGUACUUUUUCUCCUGGUGCUCUCACAAUGUCUGAAGCCCUGUCAAGAUAAUUUCUACAGAACAGGGCUGGUGUGUGAGCUGAUUUACGAGCCCAUUUGUGAUAUUUUGCGAUACUACUCUAACCUCUUUUGCCAUCUCAAAUGCCUUCCCUUUGAUCUCAGGACAGGCAUGGGAGAGGGAUGCCACAGCGCAUUCUAGAUUAAAUGCAUAGAGGUGGACACAGCCUGUCAAUGGAAUGUUAGGAGAGGGCUGGCUGCCUGGUUCAGCUCAGGCACUGCAAUAAGGAUGCAACCAUCCAGGAUUAAAGCUUAAAACUUUUGGCAUGUCUGGACUGGCCAUUAAAAAACUCGUACACCAGCAGACCCCAGUGAAAAGUCAAAGUUGUGGUUGGCACAGUAUUUUGGCAGCAAGGACUUAUUUGUCUUUCAUUAGGGCUAGAGAAACAUUUAGGUAGCUUUGGGGGAGCAUAGAGAGAGCUUUUCUAGUGAUCAGAAAAGUAACCAAGGCUGACAUUACUCCUUUUUUGUAAGUAUUUAUACGACUGCAAAUUUGUUGCUAUUUACAAACUGGCUUCAAGAAAGCAAUAUACAAAGUGUGAGAGGCACAGCUGACAUCACAAAAUGACAGAAAGUUUGGUUCUUUCACCAUUGUUGUGAUGAGUAAACGUUUUGUGCAGGUGUUGUUUGGGCCCUGUAGAAAGAGAUUUGACCAUGGUCAUUCUGUGUGGUGCUGCAGGGCCAAGCACCAAACCCCAGGAGAAGCUUCCCUGGGCAACCAAGGCACUGUGUUCCUCUGGACAAAGGAAAAGCAGUAGUCUCAGCAGGAGAAAAAAAGGUUUUAACAUGGACCCCACAACAAUGAACAGAAGGAAUUCUGCCUGGACAUGCUCCUGGCAUGUCUACCUCCCCCAGGACAUCUUGGUGGUAAUGUUCCAGACGCUACUCUGGCAAAAAGGAUGGAGCUGGUGGACAAGGGGAGAUGCAAAACUUAAACCACCAGAGUGAGUAGCAUAGUGAAAAGCCUGUGGCUGGAUGUGCUGGUUGUCUUGGCAGCUAUGCAGGUGUUUUUUUUUUCUUGUUUGCUUUGCUAGAUGUAGGCAUGUGAAUU